CCCUGUCGUUAGCCCUGUCUUGACUCUUCGACCGGUCGCACCUCACAUUCGAUUCCUCUCUCUCCGUCUCGCGGACCGCCGCCUUCCGGCGAGCAACCUACCCCUCCGGCGGCGUGCCGCCGGCGAGCAACCGCUCUCCGAGUUUCCGUCUCCGUCGCAGCCGGCUUCGUUCAACCCUUCUGCUGGGGUGCGCUGGAGGGGCUUUGACCAACUUGAUUCUUGCUCUGCUGGCCAUCUUCUUGGGAACAAGACGACUCCUGCUUAGUUGUUUCUGGAUUUGUGAUGGACCAAGAGUCCCUGGUGGAUGAGGGCUUCCCUCUCUUCCGGAAAUGCCCCAAACAGCCUAAAGCACUGCCGUCAUUGUCCGUAGCUACUUCCUCCUCCUCCUCCUCCUCCGGUCUCGCAGCCGAGACGUCGAUAAAGCAAGUGGAGAAAGUGAGGGAGGAUAUUAGCCUUACUAGCACCGGGCCAGGAGAUUCUGUGACGUUCGGGGAUUUGGGGUUGGCUGAGUGGGCAGUGCAGACGUGCAAGGAGCUGGGGAUGCGCAAGCCGACUCCCGUUCAGGCUCAUUGCAUCCCGCAAAUCCUGGCCGGUCGAGAUGUUUUAGGCUUGGCCCAGACUGGCUCCGGAAAGACGGCUGCCUUUGCACUUCCCAUUCUCCACAGCCUAUCCCUUGACCCCUACGGCAUAUUCGCUCUCGUUAUCACUCCCACCAGGGAAUUAGCUUAUCAGCUGGCAGAGCAGUUCAGGGCAUUGGGGUCGUGCCUGCACCUGAGGUGUACUGUGAUAGUGGGAGGGAUGGACAUGUUGAGCCAGGCCCAGAAUCUGAUGAAAAGGCCUCACGUUGUCAUCUCCACCCCCGGCAGGAUCAAGGUCUUGCUUGAUGAGAAUCCUGACAUCCCUCCUCUUUUCUCUAACACCAAGUUCCUGGUUUUGGAUGAAGCGGAUAGAGUGUUGGAUGUUGGUUUUGAAGAGGAGCUUAGAGUAAUCUUUCAAUGUUUGCCAAAGAAACGGCAGACCCUGUUAUUUUCUGCUACAAUUACCAGUGAUCUCCAGACAUUGCUUGAGCUUUCUUCAAAUAAGGCUUUCUUUUAUGAGGCAUAUGAAGGUUUCAAGACUGUUGACACUCUCAAGCAGCAGUACGUAUUCAUCCCAAAAAAUGUCAAGGAUGUGUAUUUAUUUCAUGUUUUGUCCAAAAUGGAAGACAUGGGUAUCCGCUCAGUCAUGAUAUUUGUCUCCACCUGCAGAAGUUGUCACCUUUUAAGUUUAUUGCUCGAAGAACUUGAUCAAGAAGCUGCAGCGUUGCAUUCUUUAAAAUCACAGAAUUUACGGCUUGCUGCUCUACACCGUUUCAAAUCUGGCCAAGUUCCUAUACUACUUGCAACUGAUGUUGCAAGUCGUGGUCUGGAUAUACCUACGGUUGAUCUUGUCAUCAACUAUGACAUCCCGCAGUUUCCUCGAGAUUACAUCCAUCGUGUUGGCCGUACUGCAAGAGCAGGCAGAGGAGGGUUAGCUAUUAGUUUUGUUACCCAGGAUGACAUUACAUUGAUUCAAGAAAUCGAGGCUGUCGUUGGUAGACAACUCGAGAAGUUUGACUGUAAAGAGAACGAGGUGCUUUCGGACAUUACAAAGGUUUACAAGGCCAGACGAGUGGCGUCUAUGAAAAUGGUGGACGAUGGCUUUGAGGAAAAGGCGAAAGCACGUAAAAAGCAGAAACUUAAGACAAUGGCCCAGAAGGGGUUAUUGAAUAAGAGGAGUCACAAGAGAAAACAAAGGUCGAAAGCCUCAUGAUAUUUCGACUUCCAAUUGUUUUCUUCGUCACCAAAAGCAGAAGGCGCAGGUACUUAGACGACCCAUCAUGUGUUGGAGCUGCAUUUUGUCUAAACAGUUUUGAUGAGUUUAUAUGGUAUAGUCUGUUUGUAAACUAUACAUACCAAAGUACUAAAGCUAGUGCUGAAAGACAGAUUCCUCUGUACAUGUUUUGGUUCUUUUAAUGUUAAGAGGAAAAGGGGUUUACCAAAA